GUGCCAACGCCAACCUUCCUUGAGUGUCGCCGCCUCGGCAGGCUCGGGUCGGGGACUUCCGAAUUUCUUGCUCUUUUUUACAAGCUCGUAGUCGCGCUGGGCAGAGUUUUCGCAGUUUCGUUAUUUCAACUGCGGUACUGCUUUGCGUUGUACGUUCAACGCGACUGGCCGCGCAUCGCUGAGCUACGCGACGGCGUGCACCUGACCGGUGAACUCGCCCCUGAGGCCGCGGUCGCAGCCACUUGACCGGACAUGUCGUCGUCCCCACGCGUCCAAGCGUCACCGUGCGCAGUCGACUCCUUUUAGAGGCGUGCGUCUCGUUUUCGGUAAAGCAUUUUACGGGAGCGCGGCGCCGUCUUACGAUUUACACGUGGUAGUGGCGAUAAUCUUCCGCAAUCAUGUCGACGAGACGCUCCCGGAUCCAGAUCAAACCAAACUUGGGACGCAAGAGCGACGGCCCCGCGGGGUCGGGACAGCGGAAGCCGACACCGGCUGCCUCAGCGGCGGCGACCUCGGGUGCCGGUGACAGUGCAGCCGUCGGCACAACGACGAUCGCUGCCGCGGCAGCGCCUCACGAACCCAGCGCGGCGGACCAACCAGACGUCGCGAGUGUUCCGGAGCAGCCGGCAACGGUGCCGGUGGUUGAGGAGUCCACUCCGACCGCGGCGGCUCCACCAGAAGAGGCACCUUGCGCCUCGGAUGCCGUCGCGGAGACGCCAGCUGAAACUCCUCACGUCGCGGAGCCAACGCGGGCCGAACCCGCGGUCACCAAGUCGCCAAUCAAGCGGCCGGCGCCCGUCAUUCCCGCUUGCGCGUCUCCCGAAAAGGUGGCCAGGCCAUCUGAAACAUCGGAGCCACUAACCCCCCAGGAGCCGGCAGCUACACCAAGUACACCGUCGGAGCCGCAGACUCGCAAAGGGGAAAAGCAGGUGCGGCGUCGCAGCAGGCGCCCCCCUCCCCGGAAGCCGCCCACAGACCGCAGCGCCAUGACCAUGCAGGACCUGAUCUACUACAACCCGCCCGGGAAACCCAUGCCGGAGAAGCCAUCUAAGACGAGCAAGGAUAAGGCACCUGUGGAGACCGAGUCAGUUGCCGAGGCGGAGGAACAGCGGGUCGAUGACGUGGUUGAACAGGAGGAGGAUUCCGCAGACGUGGGUCCACGAGUUCGACUCGGUCCCAACGGCGAGAUCACCCUGGACGAGGAAAGCUUGGUAAUACGUCGGCCCGCUGUGCAGCCCUCUAUGCGCGCCAUCGUCUACGAGACCGGCGGCGAGACCAACUACGCUUCCUUCCGCAAGAACCCCAAGGGACGGAGCACGUGGACGGCGAAGCAGACUGCACAAUUCUACAAGGCGCUGAGUGCCUGCGGGACCGACUUCACGCUCAUGGCCAACUUCUUCCCGAAGCGCACGCGCCAGGAGCUCAAGAACAAGUUCAAGCGAGAGGAACGCCGCAACCGAGAGCUUAUUGACCGCACCAUCACCCAUCAUUUUGCAGACGACCCUACCCAGUAUUACAUCGAUGACCUGAAGCUAGAGUCCGACGACCCUGACGAGCCCGAGAGGGCACAGCCUGCCCCCAAGCGUGGGAGGGGCCGCAAGCGCAAGGCUCCGCCCACCGAAGAUGGCGGCGUUCGGGAAGAAGUGGUCGAAGAGGAGGUGGUGCACGAAGAAAUCAUUCUGCCGGAAGGAGCCGGAAACCGAACAGACCACAGACGAGACGACAGGGCCUGCCACUGUGGGAGGGAGUUCUGCUGUGACAAUGGGACCGUGCGUGUCCGGUGGUGUUGCCCCCGUGGUGGGCGGACCGACGCCUCCGCUGCGGCUGCAGGCCGGCCAGCUGGUGUUCUACUGCCAGCCGGACACAGGAGCAGGUCGUGCACGUGUUUGUCGUGGCGCCACCUCAGGCGGGUGCGAGCAGCGAACUGGCCGCUCGCCUCAGCAGUCCGCCUUUACAGCGUCCUGCCGCGACGGCCUCGCCCUCCGCUGCUUCUUAGUGCUGCUCCAACGGAUGUGUUCAGUGUGUAUGUGCGCACUCUCGGGGAUGACCUUGUGUGGUGUCGUGUCUUGGUGCACUCUGUCGGAGUGUGGCACGUGCCGCGGUGGAUGUUCUGCGUCCAUGCCUAGGUGUGAACCCAGACCGUUCACGGCGUGCACGUUUGGACAUGUGCCGUUGCUCACGCUUGGCAUAGAAGUUGGGCAUCUGUGCGUGCGCAUUUGGGUGUGGUGCAGUGUCCUGGAUGUUAGACUCGGCCUGGUGCGGUGGUCUGUUGGAGCGGAUAGUGCAGCGCAGUGAGAGGUGUGCCAGUUCUUCUCUGGUUGUACUCCCUGCAGCAUCCUACGCUCUUCCAAAGGCAUGUCUCAGUGAAGGUUAAGCGAUGUGCUCUUUGGCAGUGCCAGUGCAAUUUUGCCACACUGUUGCCUUUCAUGUGACUGAACUGACUCGGCUAGGUGUGUCUUGUCGGAUUUACUAGCAUUUCCAGGCUCUGUGGAAAAACAACUGCCACUCAUACUUAUCACCAUGUGACCCGUCUCAUCCCAUUCGAUGGAGGACAGCGAGCAAAUGCACAAAGAGACUGUGUUCUUCACAGACUGCAAUGAAUGAGCCUCACUGCGCUUCCCAAAAGCACAAGCUAAUCAACCAAAGCCAUUUACACUUCCUAAAUAGCCGCUAUCUUGCAUGAAAUCAGCACGGAGGUCACAUGGCAAUAUUACUUUUAUGUAUAUACGCGACAGUCGGGCAUUGCUAUUCAUUGCCGAUCCUGUCAGCCUAACGACGGCUACUUGCUAGACGCCCUGUCUUUUUUUGUUUUUGAGGAGUUUACACAUGACGCUGCGCAUCUGUUCCAUGUGCUAUAUGGAAACUACAAGAGGCAUUGUUUCUUUUAGAAAUGCGAAUGUUUUUGUGAAUCGUGUUGACGUAAGCGAGGACUGAUUGUGCUUGACAAAGAAGUGUCCUCGGCAUCUUUUAGUACCGUUUUGUAGAAACUUUUUUUGGAUGAGAGCAAGUUCCUGUAGAGAUUGUAUGCUGGGUGAAAGCGCUCAUAUACUUAGAAUAUUUACACGCUAUUUAUUCUGGAACGAAGGUUCAUGUAUGACAAGUGGGCAUUGUGGCAAAGUGCAACUAGCCGUCCUAGAUAGCUGCCUGAAUUUAGCACACUGCACUUGAUUGUACACUUAAUGAAAUAAUGUUGAAGCAUUUGAUGUAUAUAACGCAUGGAAUGUAUAGUUUCAACAAGCACUGUUUGAAUGAUGAUGGCUGGAGUUGAUUUUGCAUUGUAGAGAUGCCAAAUCGACGAGAAAGGCAUCUUUUCAAAACUUCGAAAUUAAGGCAGUGGGACAUAUGAAUUCAUUUUUUUCCCCUGCAGAAUCAGUGAGUCAUCUGAGAGAGUCGCAUAUGAAGCUGUAGACUCAACUAUUGAAUGCUUACUAGCCUUUUUUUUUUUUAGAUUGAGUUGUCUUGUACUUUGGGUUCCUGUGGCAGUCGCCGCAUGUUUGGCUGUCUUGCACUUUGGGAGGCUGCUAAGCUGGUGGCAAACAUUAGGGGCUUUGAAAUGCCAGUGGCACACUAAUCUAUGUAAAGUUCAAAAUGUUGACUUUGGUUGCAUACUGAGGUGCGUCCUUUCUUACGUUCAUCUGAGUGGAACUUGCCAUGUUUAACUGUGGCCACUGUUUAAGUAGCCGCCAAUUACGAUAGGCGUAAGAAUGGCCAGUUGCAAAAAUGCAGUGCGCAUGGCGAUUCGAGAACAGUGAACCCCUUUUAACGCUGCCAGAUGAGGCAGCAAGAGAGGCUUGGCACACACAAACCGUCUUGUGUGUCCCGUGCACCCAUCUUGCAAGCGUGACUGCUAAACAAAUUCAUUGCAAAUAAUUAUAAGUUUUGAUAAUAUCACUGAAUGGGACCUAAACCAGUUACAGCAGGCUUGCUGCCAGUACUGGGCUGAUUUGAGUGUCUCCAAAAGGCUUAACAUAGGCAGCCUAGUCAAGCAACCACCUUGAUUAACAGUCUGGCAACCUUGAACUACUGCGACAGACUGCGUGUCCUGCUUAGCGUUCGAGGGGCGGCAGGCCUGUUGUGUGUGUCUGGCGUGUCACUGCACCUUGGCAUGUAUAAAUAUCCAAGCAAGCAAAAGAGCAAUACAAUCUUCUGCCUCCUGAUAAAACCUUUAUGUGAAAUUUUUCAACGUGAUCAUCGAAACCGCUGUGGCUCAGAUAAGCUGGUAUUGUGCACCAUAUGUUACCAGAACUGUUAAUGUGAGCUUUAAUGAAACUAUGUAUCACCACUGCAUGUUGCUGCACUGGGUAGAAAAUGGUUCCUGCACAAUUCCUGCGAGACGCUCAAAUAAACUCCCUUCUAUCAAGUGGUCUAUGAAA